CAACAACGGUACCUGAAUCUUCUAUUUCAACGAGAGUUCGAGGGUAUCGUACGCUCAUCAUUGUCGCACCGCUAGUGUGGUAUAUACAGCAUUACUUAAGACAUUAACAUGAGAAAGAAAAAGAAAAAAGAAAAAAAAAGAAAAAAAAAGAAAAGGCACUUGAAUCCAGCACACGCAUACAAAAAAAUCAAAUCCCCAUAAUCCUCCCGCUUCAUCAUGAGACCAUACAUCCUCCCCAUUCCCAUAUCUUGCACGUAUAUCAUCUCCCCCUUUAUCGCACACGUCAUCAAUACUCGUUCGCCGACCAACAUCCGACCGCGGGUCUGUUCAGUCCACGCUGCAUUGAUCGACUGCAGUCGCGAGGAGGGCACCCCCGGGGCGAAAUGCGAACGGAUGGAAUCAUCAGGUCGAGGAUGCGGCGCUGGAAAUGGAUACAGAGAGAGCCUUCAUCUACCGAACCCUCCACCGAUACACGCAACGCUUCAUCCCGGACCGCCGUAGCGCAUCGCAAACUCCGUCUUUCCCCGCAGUCAGUUGGACUCAUCGCGGAUCAGGGCCACAAUCAUGCUGUAGAGGUAGAAGAAGAACAUCAAGAGGUGGAAGCCGAGCUUGAUAAAAGAUUCCUGUAGAUUCUCGCGUCAGUGGACCGAUCUCCCGACGCAGGGGAUGGCGUAAAUGUAAAUGACGGACCUUCUUGUGCACAUUCAGCUUG